UCCUUGCUUUUUUGAAAGUUGACAUUUUUAAUUUUUUUUUAUUUUGGUUUUUGUUUACACCUCUGAUUCUGACUCUGCUUGAGAGCCACUUGGUCGCCGCUCUAACGCCGAUUCUUUCUCUCUACGGCCACGACUGUAUAUCACAAGCUUUCAAGAGAUGUCAUUGCACUGAUUGGUAUAUUGUAGAUGAUGAUGAUGUUAUAAUGAAAAUGGAAACAGACAAUGAAAGAGAAAAAUUUAGUAAAGUAGAGCCUUCUGUCCUACAAUGGAGCCAAUGGCAGUUGCUAGAUUCAAUUCUCCCAACUGGUGGAUUCGCCCAUUCACUCGGUCUAGAGUCAUCAAUCCAAUCUCACCUAAUCUCAUCCCAUGAAGACCUCCAAACAUUCACAAUCCACCUCCUCCACAACACCGGAAGCCUUCUCCUUCCCUACGUCUACGCCGCAGCCACAUCGCCCGACACCGCGACGUGGCGCAGGCUAGACAAGGCGCUGGACGCCACACUGACGAAUGAGGUGGCCCGCAAGGCCUCAAUCGCGCAAGGCUCAGCCCUCAUGAGGGUGGCGGCCGCCGUGUUCGCAGACACCGAGCCUUGCAUAAAGGCCAUGAGGGAUUCAUGCUUGGGGGGGUCACGUAUGAAUUUUCACCAUGCUCCUGUGUUUGGGUUGGUUUGUGGGCUGCUUGGGAUGGAUAGUGCAACUGCUCAGAGGGGUUACAUGUUUAUCACAAUGAGAGAUGUGAUUUCUGCUGCAACUAGGCUUAACUUGGUGGGGCCCUUGGGUGCUGCUGUGAUGCAGCAUAGGAUUGCACUACUUGCUGAGGAAAUUGUGAUCAAAUGGAUGGAUCGUUCGGUUGAAGAUGCUUGCCAGGUUGCUCCUCUGCUUGAUACCGUCCAGGGUUGCCAUGCCUAUUUGUUUUCUAGGCUUUUUUGUUCUUGAGAAAUAUUAUUCUAGAUAAAUCAUAUUUAUCCGUUGGUGUAUCUGAUUUUUUUUUUUUUUUAGUUUAUUGUCAAGUUAUAGUUUAAUUUUACCGACACGUGUGACAAUGCAUUACCAGACAGCGGGGCUUAGUAUUCUAAGGCGUUUUUUUUUUUUUUUUUUUUUUUUUUUUUUUUUUUUUUUUUUUGGUGAAUGGAACUAGCUUCCAACUUAUUCUAAUUUGUGGAAGAAAUAAUGGAACUUGACUUGUUUCAUUUGUUGUUGGCGAGAGAGAGGCCACUUAUAUAAUGAGGUGAUGAUGCCAGUUCAGAAUUCAGAUAGAAGAUUUAUGAUUCCAACUUUCUGUGUAGUACAACUCUGUUGAAUGGUUUUCCGUCCUCUGGUAUCAAUUAUGAUUUGGAUGUGUGAAUUUAGAUUGGUAUUUGAGAACUUAUUAUUCUAGAGAUUUUAAUGGUAUUGGUGAUAAUUACUGGAUGCCGAGACUGUAAGGAUUUGGGUUUGGUGAUGAUUACUAGAUGUUGAGACUCUGCAAGGA